AUGCUUCUGGUUUUGAAGCUCCUCCAAGGUGAUGUUGAAGUAACCAACUGGGCAAGGCUACAAGUGAAUGCUUCAGAAGGAUCUGAUGCAAUGCUGCAAGCUAAUGCAUUGGAAGGGUCUGACGCAGUGGAUGAUGAAGCCUUUUCACGUUCAAAUCUCCAGUCGCAUCUUAACCUUGCGUUGCUUGAUGUGGAGGAGGUUCUCUCCAUCAGCAGCAUCGAGCAAAGCAUCUCGUUAGAGGACUACUUGCAAGGCAGGUGGAGCCGCUCAUCGAGCUUUGACUAA